AUGAAUUUGUCUACUGAAGAUCAAAAUGAAAUAUUUAUUGCUUUCUAUCAAAAAUUUCAUCCAUCAGCAACUGAAUUUAUUCGUAAUAAAUUUCCAUCUGAAUUUCUUGAUAAUUCAGAAAAUGUACCUGGAGUUAAAGUUGAUAAAGAUGCUGCUUUCCGUAGUAAACAUGGCAUUGAACAUCGACAACAACUUAAUAUUGAAUUAGAAAAUAUAAUGCAAGAACAUGAUUUAAUUCAACAAGAUAUUGAAUUAUCAAUAGAUAAUGAUUUAUUAUUGAAAGAAAUUGAUAAAUGGGAACAAGAAUCUAUGAAAAAAAUUCAAUUAGCAGCUGA